CUCAAUAGAUGACGCAAGCCCAUACGUAAUCACAUAAACCAAACACGCUAAUGCAAAGGUAUAAAAGGAACACCACCCUCUUACCCUUUCCCUCCAUUUUCAAUCUUUCUUUCAGUUUCACACAACAACAAUCAACCAUGGGAAGAAGACCGGCAAGAUGUUAUCGGCAGAUAAAGAACAAACCAUACCCAAAGUCACGAUUCUGCCGCGGGGUUCCGGAUCCAAAGAUCAGAAUCUAUGACGUAGGAAUGAAGAAAAAAGGCGUAGACGAGUUCCCAUUAUGCGUUCACUUAGUAUCAUGGGAGAAAGAAAACGUGUCUAGCGAAGCACUAGAGGCAGCAAGAAUCGCGUGCAACAAGUACAUGUCGAAGUUUGCUGGGAAAGACGCGUUUCAUUUGCGAGUGAGGGUUCAUCCUUUCCAUGUGUUGCGGAUUAAUAAGAUGUUAUCGUGCGCUGGGGCGGAUAGGUUGCAGACGGGGAUGAGAGGUGCGUUUGGGAAACCGUUAGGGACGUGUGCUAGGGUUAGUAUUGGUCAGGUGCUGUUGUCUGUUAGAUGUAAGAAUGGUAAUGGUCAUCAUGCUCAAGAGGCUCUUCGUCGUGCUAAGUUCAAGUUCCCUGGUCGUCAGAAAAUUAUUGUUAGCAGAAAGUGGGGAUUUACUAAAUUGAGUCAAGAUGAGUACUUGAAGUUGAAAUCCGAGAACAGAAUUGUGCAGGAUGGGGUAAAUGCCAAGGUUCUUGGCAGCCAUGGACCUUUGGCCAAUCGUGCGCCUGGAAGAGCUUUCUUGCCAAUGUAUGCAUAGUGAUAUGAUUUUUUACUGAUCAUUGGUCACAUACACUCUGUGCUUAGUUAAUAUAUAUUUGUAUUUUGUGUAUCUACAUGUCUUUCCAAGAUGUUUGGUGUAUGACAGAUACAAAUUUGAUGCAUCGAACUUUUAAUUAUGUACUGUCAUGGUUGGAAAAAAUAUAUAAAUAAAGUGCUUUUGUUGUUCUGUCUA